CAUUAUCACAAAUUUCUAUAGACAAUUUUGAUAUAUCUUCUAAUUCAUCUUCUAUUGAGACUUCUUCGGAUAAUGAUACUAUUCAAAGUACAUCGAGUAGAAGUAAUACAACAGAGAAUGAAUAUGAAACAAAAAUUGAAGAUGUCAAACCUGUUUAUCAACGAACAAUAGAAGAAAUAAUGAUAGAAUCAGAUAUUUCAAUAGCAUAUAAUUUAAAUGAUGAUCGAACAAAAUUGAAACGUUCAUCACAAUCAACAAUAAAAACAUCUAUCACUAGUAUAAAUUUCAGUUUAGAAAUAAAUCAUAAAUCUAUAUUAUUAUUUUUAGAUGAUGAAAAUUCAACUGAACAAUUUAAAAAUGAACUUGCUAAUAUGAAAGCUAAAUCAAAACAUAUUGAAGAAAUUAUUGAAAACUUUUUAUUAAACAACUAG